AUGUCUGGCCAGCAGCAGCAGCACUUUUAUCCUCCUCCGCCGAGCGCGGGAGGCCGAGGAGACGGCCAGCAGUAUCCGCCGCCGCCUCCGCCGGCUCAGCAACAGCCCCGGCAACAACCGCAGCAGUAUCAGCCGCAGCAGCAUCAUUACCCGCAGCCGCAGCCUCACUAUGCCCCCGGUCCGGCGUCCCCCCCCGCGAACCAGUCGCACUUUUACCCCCCGCCGCAUCCCCCCGAAGCCUCGCCGGCCCCGGCCAUGGCCUAUCCUCCUCCGCCUCCGGCCCCCCAGGCCUCGCCGGGCAUGGCCGUCAGCUACCCGCCGCCUGCCACGGCUCCCCAGCACACGCCGUCGCCGCAGCCUCAUCACCCCAAGCCGCAGCAUCAUCCGCCGCCGCCUGCUUCGCCGCCCACCUCGCCCCCGGCCCACCAGCAGGCGCCGCCGCCGCAGUAUCUGCCGCAGCAGCAGCAGCAUCCUCAACUCGAGACGUCGCCGCCGCCCUUCCCGCAAGCCGAUGCCCCUUAUCCGCCCGAAAAGGCUGCCAGCCAUGACGAGCAGCAGGUGGAUACCAGCAACCCGGCCAACCUUGCCUCGGGAGCGCCGCCGGCCGGUCACUUUGUCGGCGCCGGGGCCGUGGUUGACGACGUCGGCACCUUCAACGGCGGCAGCUACCGCAUCAGCCACCGAGACACAAACACCAUCCUGACCAUCCAGCUCGCCAUGGGCUGCCCCUUUGACGGCAAGCCAGGAGCCAUGAUUGCCAUGUCCCCGUCCAUCACCCUCAAGGGUCAGCUCAAGUUCAGCGUCAAAAAAGUCAUCUCCGGUGCCGACGUCAGCACGUCAAAGUACAUCGGGCCUGGCGAGCUGCUCCUCGCGCCGCCAAUGCUCGGCGACAUCACGAGCAUCAGGCUGUCGGGCAACGAGGCCUGGUCUGUCGGGCACGACGCCUACCUGGCCUCCACCCAGGGCGUCGUCAAGGACCACAAGCGUCAGGGCCUGGGCAAGGCCCUCUUCAGCGGCGAGGGUCUCUGGGUUUACAAGAUGAGCGGGACGGGCAUCAUGUGGGUCACCAGCUUCGGUGCCAUCGUCAGGAAAGACCUCAUCGAGGGAGAAAAGUACAUUGUCGACAACGGCCACCUGGUGGCCUGGAACACCAAGUACGUGCUGGAAAGAGUGGCCUCGGGCGGCAUCAUCUCCAACUUGGCGUCGGGAGAAGGCCUGGUGUGCAAAUUCACGGGCCCGGGCACCAUCUUUAUCCAGACAAGGAACGCGAAAGCUUUUACUGCGUACAUAGGCGGGCAGUCGGUUCAGUCCUGA